UUAUUUGUGGAAAAUCCAUCACCCACUUCACCUCCGCAAACAUAACCAUACCCACCACCAAGCGAAGAGCAAGCUUUGAGCGACCACAUACACAACAGUGAAAUUUGAGGCCUUUUUACCAGGCUGGAUUUGGAUAUGCAGCAGAUAACAAGUAAGAGAAAAUUCAGCGAUGAACAAAUCAAGACCCUGGAAUUCAUGUUUGAAUCGGAGUCAAGACCUGAGUCCAGGAUUAAACAGCAGCUGGCUGAUGAGCUUGGUCUACAACCUCGUCAGGUGGCUAUAUGGUUCCAAAAUCGUCGUGCAAGAUUGAAGACUAAGCAGAUUGAGCUUGAUUAUAGCAAGCUCAAAGCAAAGUUCGACACUCUAGCUUCCAGCUAUGAGUCCUUGAAAGAAGAGCAUCACUCGUUGCUUGUCCAGUUACAGACACUAAAGACUAUGCUUGAGAGAUGUCAACAUGGCGCAGAAAACUCGGUACUGGAUCAUAAUGAAAUCUGCAGAGAUGUCAAAUGCGAGAACGAGGACACCACAACUGAAUCGAAAGAAGUGUCUAUGCUUGUGUCUGAAUGUAAUGAUCAUGUAGGCUAUGAGCCUUACGGUGAUGAUAAGAAAGGAAAUGCUGAGAGCACUGUGGAAAAUACUGCAGUCAUUAACAUAGAAGGCCACACAAAAUCAUCGGUGAACUGGUGCAAUUUUGAGUCCAGUUUUCUUGAGGAGUCAAGUUCUACUUCAGAGUGGUGGGAGUUCUGGUCUUGAACAUUAGGGUAAGAUUAUACCCUUAUAGUUUGGAGAAACAAAUAUAGCAUCGGCGACAAAUGGAAGUCUACUUGGAUCAAGAAUUUCGAUUCCAGCUUAUGACUUGGAAUCGCUCAUUCUAGACAAACUUUGAUCCACUGCUAAACAAUCCCCAUCAUCAAUAUAGCCAAAAUCUAGGAUAACUUUCAAUAGAUAGGUUGUACAGCGAAAAUUUCCAACACUCAGAUUAUAGAGUGAAGAUAGGAAAUCGUACUACAAUGAUAUAGAGCAAAUUUGUGAGGAAUUGCAUGACUCCAAUAGUAACAAAAUUUUGAGUUGACAAAUAUA